AUGCCUCUCAUCAACACGACAGAGGUCAAUGAGGACACUCGCGUCCUUGGAUAUGACCCUUUGCUUUCCCCUCAGUUCCUCCAGACCGAGAUCCCGGCGCCCGCCCGUGCUAUCGAAACCGUCCGAAAUGGUCGUAACCAGGUCAUUGAGGUCAUCGAGCAGCGCGAUGACCGUCUUCUUGUGAUGGUCGGGCCUUGCUCGAUCCACGACCCCGAUACAGCCCUGGAGUAUGCUCGCCGGCUCAAGGACUUGUCUGAGAAGCUUUCCUCGGAUCUGCUCAUCAUCAUGCGUGCCUACCUCGAGAAGCCCCGUACCACCGUCGGAUGGAAGGGCCUGAUCAACGACCCGGACAUUGACGAGUCCUACAACAUCAACAAGGGUCUGCGCAUCUCGCGCAAGCUUUACGCUGAUCUGACUAGCAUGGGCAUGCCCAUCGCAAGCGAAAUGCUGGAUACCAUCUCCCCCCAGUUCCUUGCCGACUUGAUCUCGCUCGGUGCCAUCGGCGCGCGCACCACCGAGUCCCAGCUCCACCGUGAGCUGGCCUCCGGCUUGAGUUUCCCUAUUGGAUACAAGAACGGCACCGACGGCAGCCUGGGCGUCGCAAUCGAUGCCAUUGGCGCCGCCGCUCACCCGCACCGUUUCUUGGGUGUCACCAAGCAGGGUCUGGCAGCUAUCACCAAGACCGCGGGCAAUGAACAUGGCUUCGUUAUCCUGCGCGGCGGCACCAAGGGCACGAACUAUGACCGUGCUAGCAUCAAGGCUUCUCGGGAAGCCCUCCGGGCUAAGAAGCAGCGCGAGGUGCUUAUGGUCGAUUGCUCGCACGGCAACUCCAGGAAGAACCACCUCAACCAGCCCAUCGUGGCCAAAGAGGUCGCCGACCAGCUCCGUGAGGGUGAAACCGCCAUUGUCGGUGUCAUGAUCGAGUCCAACAUCUUCGAAGGCAACCAGAAGGUUCCCCCCGAGGGUCCUGCGGCUCUGCUCAAGGGUGUCAGCAUCACCGAUGCUUGUAUUAAUUGGGAGAUGACCGUCACCGUCUUGGAAGAUCUGGCCGAUGGCGUCCGCGCAAGACGCGCCAUCAAUGCUUCCCAGUCGAAUGGAAAUCAUUAG